AUGGCAACUAAUAAUUCUACAUCAAGAACUAGUACUAUAGUACCAACAAGUUCAACGAUAAUUACCACUACCAUACUUUAUCUGAAUCGAUGCCUGGUACAACCAUAUCAUCGACUUCAACCAGCACUACAUCAUCAACCUCAACCAGCACCACAUCAACUUCAACCAGCACCACAUCAACCUCAACCAGCACCACAUCAACCUCAACCAGCACCACAUCAACCUCAACCAGCACCACAUCAACCUCAACC